AUGCCGUGGCAUCUCAACCUACCACCUUAAAUGCCACUGCUAACAGAGGCAGAUGCCGUGGCAUCUCAACCUGCCACCGGAAAUGCCACUGCGAGCUGCCGAUGCCACUAUUUGAGCUAGCCCCUGUUGACUGUAUCCAUUUUCCGCUAGAAAUUCAAUUGUUAUAAACUUUAGAGACAAAACUUUCCUAAUACGCCAGUUUCUGCGGUCAUGGAAGAUGAACGUCUGUGAUUUCGGUGCACGCGAACAACGUGUUUUUGUUGUUAUGUCACAGGGUGUGAAUAGCUCAGCUGUGUGGCCGAGGCUAUUCUACCGGGGGUGGAGACACUCCGAAAUAGAUAUGAGGUAGAUGAGAAGAGCAGUGUUGAUUGACUUUGUUAUGUAAUAUAGCUCCUCCUUUUACUUUCAGUUCUCAUGUAAUUCCACUGAACGGGACCAAGGAGUUUAUAGAAUACCCUGGACUCUCUGGAACCUGAUGUGCUUUGUUCUCAUCAUGACUGUGAAAAUACUUCCGAUUCUCCUGACGUUAUGGACAGGUGUGUGUCCCCAGAGACCCAGAGAGAUAUAUGUCAAGGAAGGUGAGAUGGUCGCGCUGUACUGCCCCCGUCCCAGAGGGUAUGAUCAUGGUGAUGCCAAACUGAUCUGGACCAGUUACACCACCCAGGACAUGGAUCUGACCAACAACGUGUCAUCAGCUGAGCAGAGGCAGAUGGGCAUACUGGUUCAUGGGAGGAGCCUUGUGAUUCUUAAUGCCUCUGUAAACUAUCGGGGGAAUUACUCAUGCACUCAGGGGAAUGCCAGCACCUGGUUCAGGCUGACAGUUCUCACACCACAGUCCAGAGAGUAUGAAAAGAUGACCCAGUACCCUAUAACAUGUUACACACAAGAGACCUGCACAUUGCAUUGCCCUGAUGUAAACAGACCUGCUCCAAACAUCCCGAAUAUAACCAGCAACGGCAUUAUAUGGCACAAGGAGGGCGAGUCAUUGCCAAAAAACAGUUACUUCUCAAGUGUGGAAGAGAGUGAUCAUGGGGUCUACACCUGUACCAGAUCUUACCUGUGUUAUGGUCAAAUAUAUAACAUGACCUUUACAAUGGUGCUUGAUGUCCAACCAAAGGAAAAACCUGGGAAAGAUGCUGCAAUCACAGAACCACAGAAUAAUCAUGUAUUUCAUGUAGAUUUGGGCUCACCAAAGGUGAUUGAUUGUAAAGCUGUUAUGUAUUCAGACUUUGAUGAGGUAUUCUGGUUAAGUGGGAAAUCAUUGGUGGAAACGGACAUCAGCUUACCAGUUUUCUACAAUUUCACAAGGGAAAAUAAUGACGGAGAAUUAAAGAUGACAGCAUCUCUCGUCUUUAAAAAAGUGUCAGAGGAGGAUCUAUCAAAAAAUUACACCUGUAAACUGCAAUCUGUAUCCGAACACUCAAGCUUUGUCACAAUCAACUUGGCCCAAAAAUCAUCAUUUUCGUCACUCUCCCUCGCUCUUGGCAUUGUGUUGGUCGUGGUGGUGAUUGUUGUAGCAGUUGUUCUGUAUAUGAAGCUGAAAAUGGACAUUGCUGUUUUUCUACGACGCACUCUUUGUUGCUAUCCCAGCACCUCAGAUGGAAAGAGCUAUGAUGCCUUUUUGGUCUGUUACAAGAGCAACACAGACGUAGGACUACAUGAAGAUGACAGAAAAGAGAAGAGAGAAUGUUUUGGAAGAGAGCUCCUUCUUCUCCGUCUAGGAUCUGACCUGCUGAGUGCCAUCCAUGAAGCCCUUGUGGAGCGACAGGCUCAGGUUCGUUACCAGAGGCCUUACAGCUUCUUAGCGAGGCUGGCGACUGUGUCACCUGGAAGGGCAUAAGCUCCAUGCCGCCCUCCUCCUCCUUCUGGAAGCAGCUACGUUAUUACCUACCUUCCCCGCAGCGUGCAUCAAAAGAAAGGCUUUUACCUCAGACAAUCCAGUAUGAUAACUUUUUAGUUACAAUGAAUAUAUCAGAUCAAUUGUUUUUGUAUGCUACAUCAUAAUAAUAAUAAUACAUUCUAUUUAUAGAGCACUUUUCAUGAUAAAGCUUUCUUGUGAUUUCCAAUUUACUCUCAAAUAGUUUUUGAAGAUCCUCUUACUCACAGGAAAUAACUGUUCUCCAUCCCUUUUCCACCCCGAUAACUUAUUUCCCCUACCACUCGACCCCACUCACCCCUACCACAUAUAUCAUAAAAUGAAGUGCCUUGGUGUAGUAAUGCCCACUCCUGGUGAGCCUCAGCACUGCAGAUCUUCCAUCUCUCCCUCACUCUGCGCACACCUGUUGAACACAUUUCAUUGAGCAAAUAGGCCUUUUUGGCAGCAGACAUUUUGACUUGUCAUUGUGGCAGAAAUUCUCUUUUGUGUCUGUUUCUGUUGUACCAGUACUUUUAAAUCAGCAUUGUGUUUGAUAUUAUAUUCAAUUAUUACGUGUAUGAUGAAAAGGUAUAAAUGUAUAUUUGC